CUUCCUUUUUCCUCCUGGCGGCGGAGAAAUGGCGGCUGCGGAGGGAGCAGUACUGCGCAUGCGCGUGUGUGGGAUAUGGGUUCCCGCCUUAAACAGAGAGGAGGAGAAGCAAAAUGGAAGUGCAAGAAGCGACACAGCUCCCUAAUAAGAAGGAUGGAUUUAGCCACGGGAGGAAGGGUGACAACGAACAUGUGGCAGAAGAUGAAGAAGAGAAGAGAGAACUUGCAGCAGAGCACCUCAGUCCCGAAAAAGAAGAGAUUGAGACCAUCCAGUGGAAAGACGAUGAAGCAGCUGCGUCUUUAUCAGCUCCUCUGUGUCACAAAGGUGUUCCAGAAGGAUGGGAAAGGAUAAUAAAGCAAAGGCGGACUGGAAAAACAGCAGGAAAAUAUGACAUAUAUUUUGUCAGUCCUCAGGGAAAGAAGUUGAGAUCCAAACAUGCUCUUCUGGAUUACUUUAAAAAGAACAAAGAAACUGGCCUUAAAUUAGCGGAUUUUGAUUUUACUGUCUCUGUUCAGAAGAAUACACAAAGAACCAAAGAAUCUAGCACUAUAACUGUGAGAUCAGAAGCAGAGAACUCUCACACUAGGAGCCAGAUUCUAGAUCUUGGACUGCAAAGCAGUAAAAGAGAGGAUACCCUGCAAAAUAAAAUAUUGCCAUUUCAAACCACUGCUGGAGAUCUGGAAAAUAUUUCUAUCUCUUUGCAGGGUGAGUCCACUGCAGAUGAUAGCUCAAUGGACUGUAAUUUCAAAGCCAAAGGAAAGGGUACUGUUGGAAUAAGGAUUCAAAUAAAGAAAACUAGAAACACUUCAAAAAAUAGAAAUUUGGAUGAUGGCCAAAACAAAAGACAGAGGAUACCAUCACGUAAAAAACAAGGGGUUGAAAACUCUAAAAAAACAAGACGAAAGAAUAAAGUAUGUGUUCCACACUUGAAGGAUGACAUUCUGUUUUCCCAGCCAGAACUGGAGCAACACAUUGAACCAAUUGCAAGUCUCUUGGGACAGAAGUCAGGCACGGACGUUUUAAAUUGUGAUGAGGGUCACAGUGGUGUAGUACCAGCUGAUGAAAACGUUUCAGGACUGGAAAUGCAGAGAAAUUUGAUACUGCCAGAAAACCAGGACUUAAAGAUUGCUCUCAGUGUGGACGUUUCGCAGACAUGUGAUGAAAGAUGUUUUACUUCAGUAAAAGAGAGCCGUAUUCGAAGAACACAAGUGGGAAGGAGGAAAACCAGUCCAUAUUUUUCCAGUAAAUUCAGCAAAGAAGUUCCAAGCCCACCUAAAAGAAAGGCCUUUAAAAAAUGGACUCCACCUCGUUCACCUUUUAAUUUGGUCCAAGAAACACUCUUUCACGAUCCAUGGAAGCUUCUUAUCGCAACAAUAUUUUUGAACAAGACUUCAGGAAAAAUGGCCAUCCCUGUGCUAUGGGAAUUUUUCAAGAAAUAUCCUUCACCAACAGUAGCAAGAACUGCAGACUGGAAGGAAAUAUCAGAGCUCCUUAAACCACUCGGCCUGUAUGAACUCAGAGCGAAGACCAUCAUCAGAUUUUCAGAUGAAUAUUUGGUCAAACAAUGGAAGUAUCCUAUUGAGUUGCAUGGAAUUGGAAAAUAUGGAAAUGACUCUUACAGGAUCUUCUGUGUCAAUGAGUGGAAAGAGGUACAGCCACAAGAUCAUAAGCUGAAUAUAUAUCAUUCCUGGCUUCGAGAAAACUACGAAAAACUGAACCUUAAUAAUUAAUACUAUAUAGACAUGCCUUCCUGUUUCCAAAAACAUCUUGUUGCUCUCUCAGUUAUGAUAAAUAUAACUAUUAUUUGUAUACAUAUUUGGACACUUUGAACACUAUAUUAAAUUCUAGUGUGGGUUUGUGUACAUAAUAUGUUCAGAUAUUGUAAUUAAAGUUGACUAGGAACUGUUUUUACAUAAAUGGCAGCUUGUUCAAAUCAUUCAGUCUUUCAUCAGGGCAAAUAUCAAAUUGUGGAACAUGUUCACCAUUACUAAAAUACAAUUUUAGUGCAAAAUAAUCUUUCAAUAGAUACUACAGUGGAUGGAGUUUUGUAUCGUAUUCACCUUUAAUAUAUAAGAAAUACAAUUCCAAGAGAUACACACUUGACCUAUAGGCUCAUGCACUCCCUGACUUCCUUCUGCCAAUUUUGAGUGCUUCAAAUGGACAGUAAGUGAUGCAAUUAAUUACUCAGCCAACAUUGGAAGAAAGGAAUUUGUACAGACUGCUGGAGGGGAAGGCUGAAAGCAGAGCUCAGAAAGGUUGCUUUCUGAAGCUGUUAUAGAAUCCACCAGCCAACGAGACCAGUGGUUAUGCUGGGCAGGUUCUGGAAGCUGUAUUUCAAUAAUAAUUUGUCUAAGUUUGCAAAAUGAUCUUGUAGCACCUUUGAGACUAACCAAACAAAAGACAUUGUAGUAUAAAGCUCUCAUAGACAUGGUCUGCUUCCUUAGAUACAAGUUCUUGAAAGCUCAGUCUCAAAGGUGCUACAAGAUCUCUUUGCUUAUUGAUAUUUCAGACUAACACAGUUCUGUCUCUGAAUCCAUUUUCCAAGUUUUGUAAAGGGUAACUGUAUUGACAGAAAGAUCCUCAAAGGUUAUGUUGAAUAAUAGAUGUACAAGACAUCAUUGCUCAAAAAAUGCAGCUGCCUACUGGGGCCCUGGCCUCUGUCUCCUGCUCCAAAAGGAGAGUGAAAGGGUUGCAGUGUGGCUUUGCAAUGCUGUCGUUCUGAGUACAUGAAACAGUGACUUCCAUGUCACCUGGGAAAAUUCCUCCAUAUGAUAUUAGCUUGUCUUUGCCAGAUACAAAUGAUUUGCUCAAUUUAUUUUUAAAUAUCUGUUUAUUACAUUAUAUCCUUCUUUUCUCCAAUGGUACUUUUUGAGCAAAAAGGAAUUGUUCUUAAAUUAUUCAAAGACAUAGCCGUGUUUGUCUGGAAUAUCAGUAUGCAAAGGGAUCUUGUAGCAUCUUUGAGACUAACUGAAAGAGAAAAGUUGUAGUGUGAGCUUUUGUGGUUGCAUCUGGGGAAGUAGACUGCAAUCUAUGAAAGCUCAUGCUACCAGCCUUUUUCUUUCAGUUAGUCUCAAAAGUGCUACAAGAUCCCUUUACACCCUGCUUUAAAUGAUUGUAAACUUACAAUGAUGAAAAUUGAACAACAUGGCAAAGUAAAGGUGCAUGUUUGAAAUAUUAAAUGUGAAGUUUUUUGUGGGCUUUUCGGGCUAUGUGGCCAUGUUCUAGAAGAGUUUCUUUUCAUUCUCUGAAGAUUCCAGCCACAGAUGCUGGCAAAAUGUCAGGAAGAAACUCUUCUAGAACAUGGCCACAUAGCCCGAAAAGCCCACAUAAAGCUAUGGACGCCAGCCAUGAAAGCCUUCGACUUCACAUUAAAUGUGAAGUUUCAGUAGAAAUGUUGGAAUUUCACUUCAUUAUGAAUAUAGUUACAUGUAAGCUAAUCCCAACUGAUUCCAGUAGAAUUUACCUCUAAAUAAUGUUUCUGAUAAAAAAAAAUGGCUUCCUAGCUAGAGCUGUAUAUAUUUAUUAAAAUAUUUUAAUUUUUUAAACAUUUACAGUAUUUU